UUAUCUCCUUAACUUCGGAACUUCGGAACUACCAUUAACGUGUGCCGCAUUAAGUGGCCAUACCACCUGUAUUAUAUUCUCUCACUCACUCAACUCUUCCCCCCUGCCGCCCAUUAUGCCACCACCCGACGACGGCCCCACCUGCUGCUUCGCCGUCGAAUCUCUCUCCUCCGCCGCUGACGACGAUGACCUCAAUUCCGAUCACAACAACUGUCCGCAUUGCCGGGAAUCGGAUCCUUCCACGUCUUCUUCCUCGUAUUCACACUCAAUUUCCGAGUCAAAUUCCGAUAGAAUUACCCGAAUCAUCUCCGCCGCUGUCAAAGGAUUUUCCAUCGGUGCUGGAUUGAAAGGUGGAGUCUCGAUUUUCUCUCUCCUCUCUCGUUUGAGUCGCCGGAGGUCGCCCAAUUCUCUCAAGAAAGUGAGUGGCGUUUCCAGCAGUGAGGAGAUUUUGUUGGUGAUUAAGGAAACCUUGCGUUACGGUCUAUUUCUUGGUAGUUUCGCCGGUAUUUUUUCAUCAGUUGAUGAGAUUGUUGCUGCUAUUGGUGGACAUCGUAGGACUGCGAAAUGGAGGGCAUUAUUGGCAGGUGGAAUUGCUGGGCCUUCUAUGCUAUUAACUGGGUUGAAUACACAACAUAAUAGCUUAGCUAUAUACAUACUCAUGCGAGCAGCUGUGUUGGCAUCUCGCUGUGGAAUCAAGAGCAAACGAUUUGGUCGCAUUUGUAAACCUUUAACUUGGGCUCAUGGAGAUAUCUUCCUCAUGUGUCUUUCCUCCUCCCAAAUUUUGUCUGCCUACAUAUUGAAGCCAGAAUCACUGCCUUCAUCAUACAAGUUGUUCCUCAAUAAACACGGAGGAAAGGAUCCAUCCAUCCUGCAGGGUGUGAAAGAGAUUGCGUGUAGCAUACCUUUUUCUAAUCUUGGGGCAAUUGAGAAGAUUUACAAAUCAAUGGGAGUAAACAUCAAAUUAGAUCCAGAAAUGAAAGUCCCCUGCUCGAUUGUACAUGGGAAUCAAUCAUGUGUGAAUCAUGUCAUCACGUUUCUCAUUCAAGCGUAUAAAAGAGCACUACCAGUGUAUCUUCCGGUAUAUUUGGUUCCUGCACUUAUAGUUCAUCGUCAAGACCUAUUGAAAAGACGUUACACGAUUUUGGGGAAGAGUGUUUUUGGGAUUGUACGGUCAAGCUUGUUCCUGUCUUCAUAUUGCGCUUCUGCCUGGAUGUGGACAUGCAUUCUUUUUAGAAUUUUCAAGAGAUGCAACAUUCCAAUGGUGGCAAUGGGAACGUUUCCAACCGGGCUUGCAUUAGCCAUUGAAAAGAAGAGCAGACGGAUUGAAAUAUCGUUAUAUUGCCUAGCUCGUGCGAUCGAGAGCUUCUUCACGUGUAUGGCCGAUGUUGGAUAUCUCCCUCAAUCGUUAGUGAACGUCAAGAGAGCUGAUGUGGUUGUGUUUAGUUUAUCAACAGCUAUUAUUAUGCAUUGUUAUUCACAAGAAAGGGAAGUGUUCAGAUCUAAGUACCUAAACGUUCUCGAUUGGGUGUUUGGCGUGCCACCGCCACCUUGCUACACUCCACGCUAUAAAAACAACAAGUAGACAGGGUACUACAUUUGAGGUAUCAUGGAAUUGCCAUUUUUGCUCAUCUACAAGCUUUUGUUCAAGUUCACUUAGGGAGCCAUCUGUACAACAAUUCUGUACUAGUAGUAGUCACAUUAUUAGCAACAUGUAAUUAAUUAGUUGUAGAUUAAGUUAUACUGCCAUCAAAUUGUAAGUUAUAACCUUCAUUCAAGUAUUAUUAUGUACUA